UCGUAAAUUUGAUGCGUUUGUUACGUCUGAAGAAUGUUACGUUACGAUAGACGGAGCCAUGUUAAAGAAAACUCAUUCUCAGGUUCAUCUGACGAUGAUACUAGCUAUGUUAGUAGAAGAGGUACAAGGAGUCCGUCGAACGAAUUCGAUGAGUCGAUUCAAGAGAUGUGCGAUAUUUAUGGACAGACACCUCCGAGAACUCGGUUGAAUCGUAAGAAAAAAUACAUGAGACAAAAACUCAGUGGAGGGGAAACAAAGUCGUUAGAAAAAGAAGCAACAUCAAAGAUAACGAUUCGCAGACGCAAUACUUUAGACAACAUAAUUUUUAACGAAAUGUGUGACAAAGCGGACAAGGAUUGCGAAAAAGAGGUAAAUCAAAAUAUAGCGAAAGAAGGAAAUCGAAAAUGCAAAAGAAGUUUGAAGGUGUUGCGUGGAAGUGAAAGGGAUUUAAAACUUGAUAUGGAGGCAGCUUAUAAUUAUGCCGAAAAAUUUAAUCAUUAUCCGGUAUCUACUCCCAAUCACAUGAAGAUUGAAACUCGAAAUAGAUUUCGUAGUUUGCGGUCAAAGCCCGUUGAUAUAGAAGAGACAAAAGUUGAAGUUAAAGUUGACCAACAGAUUCCAUUUUGCGAUGAAGAAUCGAUCACACAAUCACCAAGAACACUGAGUCUUAAAGAACGAGAAAUAUUUCAUGAUACGUUUUCCUUUUUAAUUAGAUUGGGAAGUACAGAACGCAACUGCUGUAAUAAAAUAAGUCGUGAAGAAACGCGGUGGCAAAAUAGAUUGAAAGAUUUAAUAUGGCUAGAAUUACAAGCUCAUCAUGCCGAUCGUAGUCCAAUGGCUCAAGAUGAGUACUUAUGUAAACAACGCGAGGCUGUCGAAGGUUUACUUAAAGAAAUAAUGGACUACAGAUAUGAUCCUAUUGCGACUGUAAAAAAUAAUAUGUCUUGGAUUAACAUAAAUACUACAUGUAUUGAUCCCAUAGUAAAUGUUGGAUCUAGUCCAAAUAUAGAAUUAGGUAUUUGUCCAGGAUGUCUCUCAAUGUAUUGUAGAGCAUGUGCACGAGCACAAGGUGAAGCAUUACAACAAGUAGAAGGAUUAUUGGCUAGACUGGAAGUAGCAGAAGCACUUUUUCCUUCAUCACAAGUUUUUGCUGCAUAUUAUCCUUUAUAUAAAAGUACAGAAUUUACUGAUCGGGUGAAAGCAAUGUGUCUUUGGUAUAAUAUGACCAAACAUCAUCGACUCAAAUUACAAAUAUUGGGAAAAUUACUUAUGAUGUUGCAUACUAAGAAAAAACACGAUGAUACUGGAGAUUCUGGAAUUAGUUCACGAUCUUCGGAUACGAUCGAUUCUUCAGACUGCAAGCAAAUUUCAAUACGGUUUGAAAUAUCAAAUCAACAAGAUGAAAACUCCAGUCCUUCAGAUAGUAAUAAUAGUAAUAAUUCUUCUGUUGGAAUAUCCCUUGCACAGUCCUGGCCCUCUACUCCUGAAACCUCAUUUACAUGUAUGGAAUAUGAUAAAGCUGAUCGACUUGACUUUUAUUUAGUUGAAUUUGACCGGCAAGCUUAUAGGAAGUAUAUUGAAGACGUGUUAAAGACUAGAGGUUUAAGAAAAAGUUUAAAUUUUCUUGAUAGAUUACAUACUUCUGUUUUAAGGAAAGCAAGACUGACAUUAGAGAAAGGUGAUAUAUGUGAAUCUAGUGAUAUUUUAAAUGAAGAAUACGAAGGUGAUGAAGAAUUGCGUCGAUAUGGCGCAUGGAGUCCUGAAGCUAGAGAAUUAAAUCUUCCAUCAUAUAGAGCUGCUUUUGUGUUUUUGUCUCGAGUUCCAUUAGAUGUUGUUCAUGAAUUUUUAAGAAUGAGAUUAGAACAAAAACCAGAACAACCUAGUCCAUUAUCGGUUCGACAACUUAUGCGUGAACUUAGAGAAGGUCUUAAAAUUGCCUGUAUUCAUCGUGAUAGAUUUGCUGCUCACUCUUGUGCAGCUGUUGCCAGUGAUAAUAAUUCCUGUGAAAAUUUAUUUCAAGAAAAUGUAAAAGACUUUGAUGAAAGCUUAAAAGCUGUGUUUGAAGUAUAUCUUGAUUAUCUACAACAAUGGGUAGAUAUGGUACAACAUGACAGUUUUCAUAAAAACUUAAUCAUGGAUGAGUGGAUAUUUGUAAAAUCAAUAGCUGGAAAUAUAUUAAACGGAUAUGAAAUUGCAGGAGUUAAAUUUUGUGAAAUUGCAAAAACCAUGAUUGAGCAAGUUAGAGAAUAUCUUAAUGAGCGACCACGGGAAAUUAAGGAAUCAACUGAAGAUCGGAAUGAUGAUUCAAAUAGAUUUCAGCGAAUGUUUGUGGGCCGUGAAUGGCAAGGAAUGUUUGUAGAAGCUCGGGAGAAGAUAGUUAAGGGCGUUACCAUUGCUAAGUGUUUAAAGUGUGAUAUUAAGAAAUGGUCUACUUUUAAUAUGGAAUUAGAAAAAUCAUUAACAGCUUUAAAGGACACAGUUAUGGAUCUCAGACUCGAUAUCAAAGCUAUUAUAGAAAAUUUUCAACGUGAUCUGAAAAAAGCGGAAGAAUCACAUCAUAAAUAUGAUCGAUUUGCUGUACGUUCAAGAAUAAGAGAAAUACUUCACCAGGCUUAUCGAAUGGGUUUUGAUUAUCAUAAAGAAACGUGCAAAUUAUUUGCAUCGGAAGAAAAAGCUGUUUUGGCUCGAAGUUUAGUUUCUUUUGCCUUUUUGUGGAUGAAAUUUGUUAGAACACGAUGUGAACGUGGAAGAGGUUUAAGACCUCGGUGGGCAAACCAAGGUUUAGAGUUUUUAAUUACAGUAUGUGAGCCAGAAUAUACUAAACAUUUAACUGAUGAAGAAUUUAAGGAAUUAAAAACCUGUAUGGAUCGUUGUAUUUCACAUGUUAUUGGAAGUGCAAAUACUGUCACAAAGGUCGAAACAGAAAAUUUAAAAAGAUUAUCUCAUUCAAGAGCAUCUUCACCUUGUCACACUAGAAGUAGAACUGCAAGUUUAAGCCUUUCUCAGAAACCUAGAGAUAUUCUUAAAUCUCCAGAUAUUCCAUCCAGUUCUAAGAAAGCCGUUUCGAUGAAUGUAGUUGAUAGAAAUGUAGGUACUCUUGUAAAUACAUCUGACCGUGUUAUAUCCAGGCAGGAAAGAAUUAAUCAAGCUAUAAGCAGAGUAGAAUGCAAUAUUGAUGAUAGAUUAAGGAGCCAUGAACUAAUUGGACAAGUUACAGAUAGGAAAGCUGUUGAUAGGGUUCGUAUUAAAGCAAGAAGAGUUACUUUUACUUGGCAGAGGGGUAUUAAAAUAGGGCAAGGGAGAUUUGGUAAAGUAUAUACCAUAGUUAAUAACCAAACAGGUGAAUUAUUAGCUAUGAAAGAAGUUCAGUUACAACCUGGGGAUAAUAGAGCAAUUAGACGUGUUGUUGAGGAAUUACAAAUAUUUGAAGGAAUUCAGCAGAAACAUUUAGUACAAUAUUAUGGAUUAGAGAUUCAUCGUGAAGAAAUGUUAAUUUUUAUGGAAUUUUGCGCUGAGGGAACUUUAGAAAGCUUAGUAGCAGGAAGCGGAAAUGGUUUGCCAGAAUCAUUGGUUAGAAAAUAUACACAUCAACUCCUUUCAGCUGUAACAGUACUCCAUUCUCAUGGAAUAGUACAUCGCGACAUUAAAUCUGCAAAUAUUUUUUUAACGGAUGAGGGUAAUUGUUUAAAACUUGGUGAUUUUGGAAGUGCCGUGCAAAUUAAAGCACAUACUACUAUGCCAGGUGAAUUACAAGGUUUUGUUGGUACUCAAGCUUAUAUGGCACCAGAAGUAUUUAUGAAAUCGGAAAGUAGCGGUCAUGGUAGAGCUGCUGAUAUUUGGUCAGUUGGUUGCUGUGUUAUAGAGAUGGCAAGUGGACGCAGACCUUGGUCAGAUUAUGAUUCCAAUUAUCAAAUUAUGUUCAAGGUGGGAAUGGGAGAAACUCCAGCAUUGCCAAAAAAUCUUUCCAUCGAAGGAAUUGAUUUAAUUAAAAAAUGUUUACAACAUGAUCCAAAAAAACGGCUAACGGCAAAUGGCUUACUUGCACUUCCAUUUACACAGGGAUACGAAGAUGUUAAUGCGGAUUUGUCAGUACCGCGUCAGUGA